UCGAAGACGCUGAGGGUGGGGCUGUUCAAUGCGUGGAGUCUGAAAGACAACCAGGCCACCUUAAAUGAGGUUCGGAAUUCAGGAACAUGUACGAGCCACGUAUUUCCAAUGCUCUCACCUGCGUCUCAGGUGCUCUUUCAAGGUCAGGCAGUUGCGUCCAGAGAGUGUCCAUCUGGAGAGUCUCUGUUAGGAGAGAGAAGGAGAGAAGGCCUAUUCCACUACACACGCGAAGAAGACAACAGGGCAGUCAAGCGUCGUCGAUUACUAGAUCUACACUGACGGAUCAAGCAGAUCCAGCGGUGGUGGAUUAUCCCAGCCUUAGCCUUGUGGCUGCAUGGUGCGCACACGUUGCUGUUUGCAAGCAGAUCGAGAGUUCGCAUUGUGAUGCAUACAGUAAUACUAAUACUAUUAGAGGCUAACUCCCUGUAAAAGUAAUUACAGUAUUAAUAAGUUAGAGAAAAAAAAGAGAGAAAGGCAAUUGAUCGAGUGGUGGCCCAACAAAAAUGAGUGCUGCAAGCGCAGAAGAGGGUGCUGAUCGAGGCAAAGACCGGCCACCAGGGCUCCAUGGCUCGACAGGCGAGCAGCCGAGCAGGAGAGUGCUGGAGGAGGAGAUUGCCAUCCUGAGAGAGGAGAACAGUAAGCUGAAGGAAAAGUUACGCACUGCGGAGGCCAGAAACCUGUCGGUACAUGCGAAUGCAAACUCGAGCAGGAGUGGGUCGUUUGAUGCCGGUGUCAAUCGUACAUCCCACGACUCCGAAGGUCCCAGUUUUGGAAUUCUGUCUCGUCUGGAAAUCCCCUAUGACUCACUGGACAUCAGGGAACAGGUUGGAGGUGGGGGCUUUUCUGUUGUCUAUAGAGCGCUUUGGAUGGGAACACCUGUUGUAGUGAAAAAGUGGUUUGAUCCAUCCAUGGGCGAGGAAGCCAUGCAGGACUUCCGGGCCGAGAUGAUGACCCUUAGCGAGCUUCGACACCCUCAUAUUGUUCUGCUGCUGGGGGCGUGCACCCGCCCACCUGACCUCUGUCUUGUGUUAGAGUAUGUUCCACAUACACUCCAUUACAUCCUUCACAAAUCGAACAUCGUCCUCGACAGGAAGAGAAUUAUCUCGCUCGCUAUUGAUUUGACGAAGGCCAUGCUAUACCUUCAUGCACAGAGGCCACCUUUAAUACAUCGUGACUUGAAGCCGGCUAAUCUUCUAGUGGAUCGGCAAUGGAGAGUCAAGCUUUGUGAUUUUGGGUUGGCAUCAACGCACCCUAUUAAGAAGGGUGCUGGGACACCUGCAUACAUGGCUCGUGAAUUGCUGGCAGGGAAGCCAUACAAUGAGAGGGUAGAUGUGUAUUCAUUUGGAAUUGUGCUCUGGGAAAUGAUGGCCAGAGAAGUUCCCUUUGAUGGACUGGAUUAUGCAGACAUAUGCAAGAAGGUGGUGGAGGAGAAGAAGAGGCCACCCAUUCCUCUCUCAUGCUCCAGAGCGAUCGCAAACUUGAUAAGGGACUGCUGGCAUGAUGACCCGGCGGAGAGGCCUACUUUUAAUCAGAUUGCGGUGAGGCUUCGGGAACUUCAAUAUGAGGGGCAAUCGAUGUGAUAUGGUGUGAUGUGAGCUCCCGUGCCCGUGUCUCUGUUGAUCAAUUUGGAAUUUUGAAGUUGGAAAUCGGAAAUUGAAAAUUGGAAUGUCCAUGGACUUUGGGGGCAUGUGUGAAACUCACUUUCACUUUGACCACUGAUCUAUAUCAAAGCCAAUAGGAGGCAUAGGUGACGGAACCAGCGCUGGGCGAUGGCAGCAGCAAGGGCAUUCGGGGUGGUGGAAAAAUUUAAAUGGCAGCAGUAAAGAACUCUGUGUACG